GCAAGAAACUGUACGAUUUUGGCCGACUUUUUUUUUUUUUCCCUUUCCGACUCCCGGCGCAAGUAGCCUGUCAAGACGUCUUUCCCGUAGGACAGGUUACGAAACAUAAACAAAUGCAGAGAGAGGGUUUUGGUUGCGAUGUUGAUGAUGAAGAGUCAGAUCAAAAAUAAAAAGAAGUGUGUUAUGCCUGAGCGUCGGGAGCGGGCAUGAAUCUUUAAUGACGGAGCAUAAUUGGCAUAUGAUGAUGCCCUUUACCCUGCUUUCCCCAUACAAACGAAAUAUGCCGCUAUUACUCCUUCGAUCCAAAAUAGCUUUACCCCACGUCAGGUCACUGGUCAAGCCAUACUCUACCCUUCAGCCGACCGUCGAGCUGUUUUCUCCCCGCGAUUCAUUGCCAGAGAUUCGAGACAAACUGCGCGGUCUAGGCCAGGGUACUAUUGACUUCGUUCCAGACUACCAACCAGGGGUAGGUCUAAUCACAUUGAACAAUCCCACACGCCAUAAUGCAAUGUCAGGAGUCAUGAUGAGCCAGUUGGCUGAUUUGACCGACAAGCUGGAAAACGAACCGACGGACUUGGCUGGCUUGAUCGUUACCGGAGCAAUGCCUGCCAAAGCCUUUUGUGCCGGGCUAGGUAAAAAAAAUGGUUGGGGCUGGAAAUUUUCAGGUUCAUGGGUGUUUCUAACGUGUCUACCUACAGAUCUAUCCACAGCCAAAGAGUAUCUUUUAUCCCCUGUUGCUGGCGUAGCGUUUGGUCGAUUGAUGCAUGACACUUUAUCAAGGUUCGCUCGCUUACCGUAUAUCACGGUGGCGUCUCUGGCCUACCCAGCGUUGGGAGGAGGAGCCGAGAUAUCGACAGCUUGCGAUUUUCGAGUGCUUGCUCCGUCAUCUCGUAUUCAAUUCUUACAGUCCCGAAUGGCCAUUGCUCCGGCUUGGGGAGCGACCCAUCGACUCAUACGUCUGAUUGGCCGUUCCAAGGCUUUGAAGUACCUGGCCAGCUCUGCACCUAUUUCUCCUGAGCUUGGCCUUCACAUGGGUUUAGUGGAUCACAUCUCGCAAGACGGGCCCGACCCGUAUUCGUUAUGUCUUGAGGAUUCCGCCAACAUGCUGGCAUCGUUUGUGCUGGACCCCAAAGGCAACAGAGUCUCCUCCCGAGCGCUCCAAGGCAUCAAAAAGCUCGUCGCUCAUGCCGAUCUUGGCCAUGACGAUAUCGAUUAUGAUAUGGAGGUACUCUCCGGAUUAUGGGGAUCAGAGGAAAACCUCAAAGCCGUGCUUGGGGGCGGGCAAAAGAGCAAAAGCAGUAGAAAAGAGUCAUAAAUACCAUGAACAGUAAGAUGGACUAUGAACUGACUGUGCCAGUGACACCAUUUUUAAAAAACAAAAAAGUAAAAAAUGCGCAUAACAUGAAUGCUUGGGAAACUCUCUCUCUCUUCCUUACGUUUCAUUCAAUAAGUUUAUUUUUUUAUUUGGAUGAAUAGAAUGGACCUCUUUUUUGCAGUCUACGCGCCGGUCCAGACGCAGAUACAGCUAGUGACUAGCUGACAUAAUUAAAAGUAAGAGCAC